AUGGCUAAGUCCCUGGCUGAAUAUUACACCUUUAACUAUACGAAAUGUGAAUUUGAAGAUAGUUUUCUCGCUUCUUGGCAAGGCUUUCUUUAUUCAUAUCGAGCAAUUAUGUGUAUUGCACUACCGAUUGAACUAUUCACAUUCCAUGUAAUUUGGAAUAAAAGUCCCGGGAAAAUUAUUCCAGUGAGGUGGCCAUUGCUGCUGUUUAAUUUUUUCUGCACUUUUCAAGAUUUUCAAUUCAACACUCUAACGAUUCCUUAUAUUUUUCUCCCUUCUUUUGGUUAUCUUGGCCUUGGAACCUUCAGUUCGCUUGAAGUAUAUGCUCCCUACCAGAUCUUCAUUAUUUAUUCAUCUAUUUUAUGUACCGGCUCAUCGAUGAUAUAUCUAUUUGAGAGCCGGAGCAGUGGGAUUCCAGAAAACAAAUAUAAAAUCACGGAACCCAGGUCUAAAUUCUUGUUUUACACCAUUAAUUUGAUGGUUCCUUGUGCGAUAUGUGUCUUCAUAUUUGACCAUGUUCCCGAAGAUCAAGAAGCAGCAAAACUGGAGGCUCUAAUGGUCGUUCCUUGCCCCAUUCGAGAGUUCUUCAUGCCAAAUGUCUAUGUUUUACUAGAUUCUUUUUGGACAAAUAUGUUCAUGGCUAUUGUGAUUCCAUUAUUGGUUUCUUCCGUGAUGUCUCAAAUUUUGUUUUUUAUCGUCUGCUCGUUUUAUUAUCUUUAUCUAGCUCCAUCUCUUUUGACAUCUUCUCAAACUCGCAGCAACCAAAAACAUUUUUUCAUCGGAACACUCAAACAAACUGGAGUUGCCCUCUCUGUCAUGAUUCUUGCAUUUUCAAUUGCAACACUUACUUUUAAGAGCAAACAGUCAACGCAAGAACUUACAAAUUUAUAUUUCAUAAUAUUUGGUUUCCAUGGAAUUGUGCAAAGUAUCACCGUGCUUAUGGUGCAUCAGCCAUAUCGACAACUUCUCCGGGAAAUGAUUAGAUGUGGGAAUGCAAAAGUGGAGACGAGAUGUUUUGUUCAGACUAUUCAAAGAGUUUGA